AUGACAAUCCAAACCUACGAGAUUGAGAGAAAGGCUCAAACUCGUACACACCUUGAAGCAGAGCUGACGAAAAGCCUGUCAGCGGACGAACGCCAUCUACCUUCUCUCUGUCUGUGGGAUCAGCAGGGCUUGCAGCUGUUUGAAGAUAUUACCCAUUCGGAAGAUUAUUAUCCUUUCGCUGCCGAGGUCAGCCUUUUACGUGGAAAUGUCGACAACCUAUUGGAUCAUAUCAGCGAAGGAGGUGCGAUAUUGGAGCUAGGAAGCGGUUCUCUCGAAAAAACCGAUAUUCUUCUCCAAGGUCUAAGCCAUCUCCAACGCCACGUGGACUACUAUGCACUGGAUGUCUCACCAUCGGAGCUCUAUCGCACGUUGAAUGCCAUAGAGGACAAGCUGGGCGACAAUAGCACGGUGAAAUGCCAUCCGCUCGUCUGCACCUAUGAGGAAAGUCUAGUAUGGCUGAAACAAAACCCAGUACUUGAUGGGCGGGAUGUUAUUGUGCUUUGGCUGGGCAGCAGCAUGGCGAAUGAAACACCGGAAACGAUACAACGACUCCUGCGAUCAUUCAAAGCUGCCAGUGAAUCAUCCCAGAUUGGAAAAUUGACCUUUCUUAUCGGAAUAGACGGCUGCAAAGACAUUACCCGUAUCAGUCGAGCCUACGACCUCAGCAAUGGCUUGUCUCGUCGGUUUGCGAUGAAUGGAAUUGCGAACAUAAACUCUAUUAUGGGGUACAACGUGUUCGACCCGAAGGAUUGGGUGUUUCGGGGGUUAUGGAAUAGCAAGCAAUCCCGGUACGAGACAUGUCUCUCACCCGUACGUGAUAUUGCGCUACAAAUUGGACGACAGGCCAUCCAUUUGAAGAGCAGCGAGCUUGUGCGUCUGAUCUACAGUCAGAAGUGGGAUCGCGGAGACAUGGAACGUAUCUUGGAGGGCACAGGAUUUGGGAUUACAAAGUGCUGGAAGAACCCAGAGGGUGGCUACGGUACGUCUUUGAGUACAGCACAAGUUCUGCAACACACUCAUAUUCCUGGUUUAGUACUGUAUCAACUUGAAUAA